AUGGCCCCUACUAACGAUGAUGGACAAGAGACGAAAAAGCAGCUGAAGGCGAUGCUCUGGUAUACCCUGGGCAACCUCACUCGCGAACAUGCAGACCUCUUCGAUACAGAGGUAACUCCUCAGUUCAUCGCGGGGCUAGUAGAGAUUAGCUGGGCGCAGCUAGAAACGGUUGGCCAGGAUUUAGAAAUGUUUGCAAACCAUGCUGGUCGUUCGACGAUUAACGCGUCCGACGUCCUGUUGCUGGCGCGACGUAACGAAGGCCUCGAGUCCAUACUGCGCGAAUACAAUGACCAUUUAGAAGCUGAACGAGAGAAGCGAACUUCUAAAGACGGGUAA